AUGAACCCCCCCCUUGCCUUGCCUUGCGUGCGCGCCCUGCCCCGAGGCAGCGCCAAACCCCUGCGAACGAGGAGUGCAGGGAGAGGGACGGGAAGGGCGUGUGCGAGUGUGUCAAGGGCUUCACCCGGAGGGGUGGCAUGUGCAGUGGUAAGGCGAGGGCAUGUGGGUAGUAGGGAGGGUUCUGGUGAUGCCUAUGGCACAGCAGCAGGUGUGAGGGGAGCGGAGAGAAGGGAAGGCGUGUGCGAGUGUGUCAAGGGCUACACCCGAAGGGGUGGCAUGUGCAGUGGUGAGGCAGGGGCGUGUGCAGUGGUGAGCCAGGGGCAUGUGGGUAGUAGGGAGGGUUCUGGUGAUGCCUAUGGCACAGCAGCAGGUGUGAGGGGAGCGGAGAGAAGGGAAGGCGUGUGCGAGUGUGUCAAGGGCUACACCCGAAGGGGUGGCAUGUGCAGUGGUGAGGCAGGGGCGUGUGCAGUGGUGAGCCAGGGGCAUGUGGGUAGUAGGGAGGGUUCUGGUGAUGCCUAUGGCACAGCAGCAGGUGUGAGGGGAGCGGAGAGAAGGGAAGGCGUGUGCGAGUGUGUCAAGGGCUACACCCGAAGGGGUGGCAUGUGCAGUGGUGAGGCAGGGGCGUGUGCAGUGGUGAGCCAGGGGCAUGUGGGUAGUAGGGAGGGUUCUGGUGAUGCCUAUGGCACAGCAGCAGGUGUGAGGGGAGCGGAGAGAAGGGAAGGCGUGUGCGAGUGUGUCAAGGGCUACACCCGAAGGGGUGGCAUGUGCAGUGGUGAGGCAGGGGCGUGUGCAGUGGUGAGCCAGGGGCAUGUGGGUAGUAGGGAGGGUUCUGGUGAUGCCUAUGGCACAGCAGCAGGUGUGAGGGGAGCGGAGAGAAGGGAAGGCGUGUGCGAGUGUGUCAAGGGCUACACCCGAAGGGGUGGCAUGUGCAGUGGUGAGGCAGGGGCGUGUGCAGUGGUGAGCCAGGGGCAUGUGGGUAGUAGGGAGGGUUCUGGUGAUGCCUAUGGCACAGCAGCAGGCGUGAGCGACCCCGGCGUGAUCGACCCAGUUCCUGACGCCUGUGGUGGAACGUGCGAGGGCGAUCGACAAUGCGUGCAAGGCGUGUGCGAGUGCAAGGAGGGGUACACUGAGAUCGAUGGAGUGUGCACUGUCCCACUCUCCACCCACUCUCGCCUCGUUUGCUCUCACAACUUUGACGCCCUCCGUGCUUCCCUCCGUGCUUCCCUCCGUGCUUCCCUCCGUGCUUCCCUCCGUGCUUCCCUCCGUGCUUCGCCUCCACCCACCAACGCCCCAGUUGCCGACCCCUGUGGUGGAGCGUGCGAGGGCAAUCGGGAGUGCGUGCAAGGGGUGUGCCAGUGCAAGGUGGGGUACACUGAGACCGAUGGCAUAUGCACCGCCACAAACACCCCAGCUCCUGAACUCUGUGGUGGAACGUGCGAGGGCAAUCGGGAGUGCGUGCAAGGGGUGUGCCAGUGCAAGGCGGGGUACACUGAGGUCAAUGGCGCGUGCACUGGCUUGAACGGCCCAGGCUUGAACGGCCCAGUUGCUGACCCCUGUGGAGGAACAGUGUGCGAGGGCAACCGGGAGUGCGUGCCAACCAACGGGCAAGGGGUGUGCCAGUGCAAGGCAGGGUACACUGAAAGGAAUGGCGAGUGCAAUGCCGCAUGCAGCUCGGCAUGCGCCCUCUACGCCUCCUGCCAGGUGGACAAUGGCACCGCGCUGUGCAAGUGCGAUGCCGGCUACACCAUGCUGGGCAACGGCGAGUGCACUCCCACAUGCAGCCCGCCAUGCUCUGAGGAGACCACCUGCCAGGUGGACAAUGGGAUUGGCGUGUGCAAGUGCAGCACCGGCUACACCUUGCUGGACAACGGCCAGUGCAAGGCCGUGUGCAAGCCUGCAUGCAAAGCCAAUGCGGAGCCAGGCGACGGGGUGGCUGAAUCGCCAAACACGGAGCAUAAGUGGGAGGAGGAUUAG